CAACAAUUUAUGGAAUUUAAACAAACCUACAAAAACCACAAACUUUUUUCCCGCAAUUUGACAAGAAACCCACCAAGAAUUCAAGCUUAUAUUAUAUAUCACACACAAUAUUAUACAAUUUCACACAAAAAGAAUUAAACAAACCUUCUCCAUUCAUGGCUAUGCUUACUUCUCCACCGUCCAAACCCAAAGCCCAUACUUUUAUUUCUCUCCACCGUUUAAGUCACCAGCCUAGAGGGAAUGUAGCCCCUUUCAGGCCAUUGCCAAAGGCUUCAACUUUUCCAAAGCCUGAAAUUUUUUUGGGAAAUACAAACCUUUUAAGGCAUUUUCAUGUAAGAAGUAAUGACAGAAGAAUUGGGUUAGUUACUAAUGCAGCAUUAAGUGAGAGUGCAGAGCCAGUAAAUGGGAAGAGAAUUAUGUUGUCAGAUGUGGUGGUGAAGAGGCCAAGAAGAGUUUUUUCUGGGAGGAAAUGGAAUUCUAUGGAUAUGGGCACUGCUGGUGUUGUUUUGGCAAUGCAUUUGCUUAGUCUUUUUGCUCCGUUUCAUUGUAAUUGGGCUGCCUUUUGGGUGGCACUUUCACUUUACAUUGUGACUGGUUUAUUUGGUAUCACUCUCUCUUUUCAUAGAAAUCUCUCUCACCGCAGUUUUAAGCUACCCAAAUGGCUUGAGUACUUGUGUGCUUAUUGUGGAGCUCUAGCUCUUCAGGGGAAUCCAAUUGAUUGGGUGAGCACACAUAGGUAUCACCAUCAGUUUUGUGAUUCUGAGAGAGACCCACAUAGCCCAAUUGAAGGUUUCUGGUUUAGUCACAUGAGUUGGCUAUUUGAUACCAAUUCUGUAGCUCAAAGGUGUGGGGGUCCAAACAAUGUUUCAGAUUUAGAAAAGCAGACAUUCUAUAAGUUCCUUAAGAAUACUUACAUUGUUCACCCAAUUGCAAUGGCAACUCUACUAUAUGCACUUGGAGGAUUUCCUUUCCUUGUGUGGGGAAUGGGUGUGAGGGUCAUAUGGGUGUACCAUAUUACUUGGCUAGUUAACUCUGCUUGCCAUGUUUGGGGAAAACAAGCAUGGAAGACUCAUGAUUUGUCCAGAAACAAUUGGUGGGUGGCAUUGUUAGCAUUUGGAGAAGGUUGGCACAACAAUCACCAUGCAUUUGAGUACUCAGCAAGGCAUGGGUUAGAAUGGUGGCAAAUUGACAUGACUUGGUAUGUGGUGAAGCUUCUCCAGGUCAUUGGAUUGGCUACUGAAGUCAAACUACCCAAUGAAACUCAUAAGCAAAGAAUGGCUCUAAAUAACUAAUUUUAUACAACAGUCAAAAAUUGAAUAAUAUAUAUACACAAAUGAUUAACUAUGUAACAGUUUGAGAGUUAGCUUAUCUCUCUCCACAAUUCAGAGCUUUGUUCUCGAUUUUCAUCUGUACUCAUAAGAGAAAUCAUUGUGCACUGUACAAAGUAAUUGAUUGUGGUCCAUACAUGGAUAUGAAAUACUAAAGAUUUGCAGAAAAA